AUGACUUUCACCAGCCGUGUAUCAGUUGUUUUACUAGCUUUGCUUGUGGCAUUUGCUGCAACAAUCCCACGCUUGCGUGGCAGUAGUAUUGAGGCAGAUGCACACAUUGGCGAAUUCGAUGAUUUUCUACGGAAGAGGGCUGAGGAUGCCCUUCAGGCUUCUCUCAGGGCAUAUAAUCCUGAUCCUGAAGCCGUCACUGACAAUUUCACCAGACAAGUGGGAAAGAUGUUGGAAGGUGGCAAUGAGACUAGGAGACAGCUUAAAGCAGGCGGUUGCGUUGCAACAAAUCCCAUCGACCGCUGCUGGAGGUGUGAUCCUAACUGGGCAAAGAAUAGGAAGAGGUUAGCCAAGUGUGCUCGUGGUUUUGGCCGCCAAACGAAGGGUGGAAUGCAUGGGAAAUACUAUGUGGUAGUUGAUCCCUCGGAUGAUAAUGUGCAGGAUCCAGAACCCGGUACUCUUCGUCACGCUGUGAUCCAACAGGAGCCAUUGUGGAUCAUAUUCGAUACUAGCAUGGUAAUUAAGCUAAACCAAGAGCUUCUGAUCAAUAGUGACAAGACCAUUGAUGGUAGGGGAGUUGAAGUGCAUAUUGCCUAUGGUGCAGGCCUUUCCAUCCAAUUUGUGCAGAAUGUUAUCAUUCACAACAUUAAGAUCCAUCACAUUGUUCCGAAAAAUGGUGGGCUGGUUAGAGAUUCUACUUCGCACAUUGGUUUGAGAACAAGGAGUGAUGGAGAUGGUAUAUCAAUCUUUGGUUCAAACCAUGUCUGGAUUGACCAUGUUUCCCUGUCUAAGUGUAGUGAUGGCCUAAUUGACGCAAUCAUGGCUUCAACAGCUAUCACAAUCUCUAAUUGCAAGUUUAAUAAUCACAAUGAUGUUAUACUUUUAGGUGCAAGUGACGAGCAUAGUGAAGAUGCAAUAAUGCAAGUCACAGUAGCAUUCAACCGUUUUGGUAAGGGCUUGGUGCAGAGGAUGCCAAGGUGCCGAUGGGGCUUUUUCCAUAUUGUGAACAAUGACUAUUCUCAAUGGCAGAUGUAUGCCAUUGGUGGUAGUGCUCAUCCGACUAUUAUCAGCCAGGGUAACCGAUUCAAGGCCUCUAAAAACCAAUUCACUAAGGAGGUGACCAAGAGGGAUUAUGCCGAAAAGAGCCAGUGGAUGGGAUGGCAAUGGAGGUCAGAGGGUGACAAAUUCUUGAAUGGAGCUUUCUUUGUGGAGUCCGGGCCGCCACUCAAAAAGAGUCCAUUUACUGGAAAAAAUAAGCUGCAAUUCAAGCCUGGUUCAUACGCAGGAAGGCUCACAAGAUAUGCUGGUGCACUUAAGUGCCGAGAAGGCAAGCCUUGUUAA